AUGAAGGCGUUAAUACUUAUAGGAGGAUAUGGUACUAGACUGCGUCCACUGACUCUUAGUAUUCCAAAACCACUUGUUGAAUUCGCCAAUAAACCUAUGCUUCUUCAUCAGAUAAAAGCUUUGCUAGAGGUUGAUAUAAGUGAGAUUGUACUUGCAAUCAACCGCCAAGCUGAGCCUUUAGAAGCAAGCAUAAGGGAGCACUGUAAUUCAGUGAUACAAAAUAGGAAUGUUAAGUUGAUAUUUUCAUAUGAAGAUGAAGCUCUGGAUACUGGCGGUCCAUUGGCGCAGGCAGCUCCUUAUUUGGCCGGGGAAAGAUUCUUUGUGCUAAAUAGUGACAUCAUUUGUAACUACCCUUUUAAGAGAAUGAUUGAAUUUCAUUUGUCUCAUGGUCAUGAAGGGACAAUGACAGUCACCAAAGUUGAAGAACCAUCAAAGUACGGUGCUGUCGUGCAUAAUGACCAAACUGGUCUUGUUAAGCGUUUUGUUGAAAAGCCAUCAGAAUAUAUUGCCAACAAAAUAAAUGCUGGUCUCUAUAUUUUUGAACCUAGUAUUCUUAAACGUAUUGAGGCGAAACCAAUGUCUAUUGAAACAGCUGUCUUCCCAGCAAUGGUGAGAGAUGGGGAACUGUACUGCAUGGAAUUCUCAGGAUUUUGGAUGGAUAUCGGCCAACCGGCGGAUUAUUUGGCUGGAUUGCGAUUAUAUUUAGGUCAUUUAUAUGAGUGCAAAUCACCUCUGCUAACAGUUGACCCAGGGCUAAUUGGAAACGUCCUUGUUCACGAAACCGCAAAAAUAGGUCGUGACUGUCGAAUUGGACCUAAUGUAACAAUAGGUGCAGGUGCUAUUAUUGAAGACGGUGUACGCAUAAGUAAUUCUGCUAUAUUUUCAAAGUCAAUUAUUAAAUCACAUGCAUGGUUGAACAAUUGUAUUGUCGGUUGGCGGUCAGUUGUUGGAAAGUGGGUGAGAAUGGAAAAUGUUACAGUUCUAGGUGAAGAUGUAACCGUGAAAGAUGAAUUGUUUUUGAAUGGAGCACUUGUUCUACCGCAUAAUUCAAUAUCACAAUCUGUCUCUGAGCCUCAUAUUAUUAUGUAA